AUGGGGGUGCCACGCUCGCUGCUUGGACUGGCCUUGUUUUUGUGCACAUUCAAAGAGUCGGCUCAGGGUCCCAACGAGCAGCGGCUGUAUGAAGAGCUCAUGAGAAACUACAGCCCUCUGGUGCGACCCGUGCAGAACGACUCGGACACCCUCACCGUGCAGUUCGGCCUCUCCCUCAUGCAGAUCAUGGACGUGGAUGAGAAGAACCAGGUCUUGACCACCAACAUUUGGCUCCAAAUGCCGGGUGAAACGGUCCAGUCUUUUGUUUUACGUCUCCGUGAGUUGUAUUGCAGGCUACGGCGGCACGACGACCCCCCCUCCGAGGCAGCCUUGAGAGAUCAGCUGCUUCUAGGACUGCGUGAAGGACCAAUGGCACAGGCGCUAAAAGUGUAUGCUCGUUGGCACCCAGAUGCAGAUUUUGCAGCGCUGCGAGAGGAGGCGCUGUUGUUGGACUCUGAAUAUGGCAGCUCUGCAUCAGAGGUAACGUGCUCCAUUGUCAAUAAUAAGUCUAGAUUUUCAAAGGAACCAUAUUCGGACUGGAAGGAGACCCUCAAGCGUGACAUAAUGGAGGAAGUGAAGGCUGAGAUGAAGGGAUUGGCACAGGAACUAAUAAGGGAGCUCAAACCUCACUUGUCACCGGUUGCAACCGCCGCAGAGCCGCCAGUAACACCCCGGAGCUACUACCGAUCCCCCCCACGCAACCAACGAGAUGAACGAGGGCACGUGCGGCUGUCUGGUGGGCGGGCCUUCACUGUCCCUCCUAACAGCGAGCUGCUUGUGUGGGGUAAAACCCGGAUGGGCCCUGACGGCGCAGACUACUGUGCCCUGGUCGAGGCACUGCCAAAUGCUGGCGAAGUGGGUGUGGCCCGAACCAUCGGAGUGGUAAGAAACGGCAGAAUCCCAAUACGUGUCUGUAACCCACAUCCUUACGGCUGGACAAUAGGCCGCUAUCAGAAACUUGGACGCCUUUACCAAAUUGAUUCUGCUGAUGUGCACGGUCCUGACGAUGUGAGCCUGUCUCUGGAGGAAGAUGGGGUGGUUGAAGUGGCCCUGGUCCACACCACACCUGACCCUGGACAACAUGGCCUCCCCGAGGAGGUGAGAAACCUAUCUAACCGAAGUGACUUGUCUGAGCAGCAGCAGGAAGAGCUUGGUGCGCUUUUGCAAAAAUGGGAGAAGGUCUUCGCAAAGCACGAUGAGGACUUCGGCCGGACCAACGCAGUACAACAUCGCAUCCACACGGGUGAUUCUGCGCCUACCAGAGAAAGGUACAGACCGCUCCCACCCUCGCUCUACAAAGAGACUGGCCUGUACCAACCACGAUCAAGCAAGUAA